ACGAAAAUCCUCACGCUCCAUCCUCAAACAUUCUCCAAAUGUCGACAUUCACCUACACAAUCGUCUUGUCAUUUGAGGUCGUUUCCAUAAUCCAUGUUCUGAUCGACUACGUAAUCGCUUGGGUGAAAGCACCAGAUUUGGCUAAAUGGCUGAAUAACUGGAACUGCAUUGAAGACGAAAUUGAAGAGUGGUGUGGAAUUAACAAACUGUUCUCGAAUCUUGAUGACAAACAAACUAAGAAAAAACCUCGGAUUUCACAAUUCCAGAAAUACUUAACUUUAUGUUACGUGAUGUUACCCUCAUUUAUGUUCGGAACACUGAUCGCAUCAUGGCAAUUUGACCUGGAUUAUCCAAUUCACUGCAUACUUUUGAUGAUGUAUUCGUAUUUAUCUAUGGUGUGCUAUACCCUGGAAGAUGCGAAGGCAAUUAUCAUGUUUAAGUGGGUGGAGGUGGGGUUUGACAUUAUCCUAAUUCACCUCAAAUCCAACCCAACAACAUUGAGUCCCCAAAAAUUGGAACAAAUUCUUUCUAAAAUUCGAUUCCAAGCUCAUCACUGCGGGAGCUAUAUAGCAUUUCAGCAAUUGUUACUGAUUUUGGUAACAAUCUAUUUUUCUACAUCUUCUAUUUUUGCAAUUGUCACUAUUUUGAGUGGACCAGUGGGGAACUCGAGGGAAGAAUUGACGUUGGUUGCAAUGGUCGGUGUCAGCGCAUGUUUAUCUAUGACGAAGCUGUACUAUAAAAUCGGUGUGGCUGUCGGGAUUUCAAAGAAGGAAAAAUGCAUCGCAGUUGAGAUAAAGAAGAUUGAGCUUGGGAACGAACUAUAUAAUUUGGCGGAACAGAAGGCAGAGCUCAAAAAUAUCCACGACAUGUUAAUCAACCACCCUACGGAGAUUUCUUUGAAUGAUUACGUAAAGUUGAACAACCAAUUGAUUUUGGGGGUGUUUCAACAAAUCUUUACGCAAUUCAUCGUUUUCAUGCAGUUUCAUAAAGCAUAACAAAAAACGUUCCUUAUGGUUUCCUUCGUGCAGGAUGAAAGAACAGACAAAACCGAUUGUGGGAAUUAUUAAUUUUAUGCAAUAUUUCAGCUUCUAAAUACUAAUAAAUACGUAAUAAGUAAUACGUUAAGUCAAAAAUUUUAAUAUAAAGACGAGUGAGUGAGACAAGAUGUAUGCACACACAUUUGAACACGUACAUAUUUAUGUAUGCAUAAAUAUCCAAUAAAUCCGACAAAUAUUCAAUAAUGGAUUAACUGAACCGAAAAGGAAACAAAAUUUAUUACCAUUCUUUACUUUUUCUUAUGAGACUUAUUACAAUAGGUUAUACAAUUUGGUAUUCAAAUUACUCUUUUAUGAAAUAUGACUACUCAAUUCAUACGUAAUAUUCAUAAAAUUCUAUUGAAUACAUGGUUUGCAUCCAUUUUAAA